AUUAGUACUAAUACAGUUCAUUGUUUCAGGUUCUUGGAAAAAAUGCAGGGAGAGGGAAGCAAUUCUGAUCCCUUUCGGGACAAUUACUAUUACUUCGACAGUGGAUCUGGUCCAAGAAGUCUAAACUUGAUUCAGUUGAUGGAAGCACCUGAUCCACAAGAGGACCCACUCGGACAACCUGGUUUAAAUCAAGAAACUGGCCAAGUGGAUUUUAUAGAUCUAUUGACCCAAGAACGAUUGCUUUCUCUAGCAAUUCAUCAGGGCCCAACCUCUCAGAGGCUCGAAGGAAGCACAAACUCAGGAUUCCAUCAGUUCUCUGAGCUUCCGUUAACAUUCCAGGGCGCUACAGAAAUUAUUGCAGUGGAUCUUCAUGCACCUUUGUCUUCAAGGUUUCCCCAGACACAUUGGGCCAACCCAAACAGAAUCGAAAAUCUCACCGUAAAUGGUUCAGAGUCAAGACUUAACCACCAAAUGCAUGAUUUACAUGCCACUGCGAAUCAAAUGGGGAGAGUUUCCAAUGUCAGACCUGGUCAUGCCAACUCUUCUCACGCAGGUCAAAGAGUUGCAAGACGACGUACUAGAGGACCUUCCCCUCGCAUUCGAUCUCCAACUACUGCUGAAAGGAGAAGAAGAUUAAUAAAUGAGGUUCGUGAAGCCUUGGACAAUUUCAGAAGGGUGGGUAGCGAACAUUUUCGGGAGCUAAUUGCCCUGGGAGAGCAAUUCGAAAUCAUUGCAAAUGAGGUAGAGCAAAUCCAAGUCGUUGACAAUGGAUUAACUGAGGAAACAAUUAUGGUACGUCUGAGUCGGCAAACCUAUCAUCCUACCGGAACAGAGGAACGCAGGGCAUGCAGUAUCUGCCAGGAUGAAUAUGCUGAAAGGGAUCUUCUUGGGAAACUGGAUUGUGGACAUGAUUAUCACUUCGAGUGCAUUAAACAAUGGCUUAUGAGGAAGAACACAUGCCCCAUGUGCAGACACAGAGCUCUGGCUAUUUGAUAAAGGUAUAUGCAAGUCUUUUAGAGGAAAUCUUGUUCUCCGUAGCUUGAUUGACUCAAGUUUGCAACAUUUACUCACAGAAAUAAGAAGCCCUUUGUCAUUAACAUGACGGUAGCUCCAAAGGGCAAUACUUCUGGUGAGAGAGCAGCAGCAUUUACGUUUAAUAUAAAGGAAAAUACUUG